AUGUCUUUCACCGGCACGCAGGACAAGUGCACGGCGUGCGACAAGACCGUCCAUUUCAUCGACCUCCUCACCGCCGACGGCGUCACCUACCAUAAGACAUGCUUCAAGUGCAGCCACUGCAAGGGGAUCCUCUCGAUGUGCAGCUACUCUUCCAUGGACGGUGUGCUGUACUGCAAGACCCACUUCGAGCAGCUCUUCAAGGAGACCGGGAGCUUCUCCAAGAAGUUCACGCCAGGUUGCAAGUCUUCAGAUAAGGGUGAACUGUCAAGGGCCCCAAGCAAGCUAUCAUCUGCAUUUUCUGGUACUCAGGAUAAGUGUGCAGCAUGCCAGAAAACAGUGUACCCGCUGGAGAAGUUAACUUUGGAAGGCGAGUCCUACCACAAGAGCUGCUUCAAGUGCUCACACGGGGGCUGCAUCCUGACCACCUCCUCCUACGCCGCGCUCAACGGCGUCUUGUACUGCAAGAUCCACUUCGCGCAGCUGUUCAUGGAGAAGGGGAGCUACAACCACAUGAAGAAGAAGAGCACGUCCCAGGAGGUGCUGCCGGACGUGGCUGCCGAGGAGCAACCGCCGGAACCAGCGCCACCGCAAGAUGAGAAAGGAGAUGGGGACAACUAG